CUUUUCCUUCAGGACUCUCUCGAACCAUUAAUAAAACUGUGUUCAAUAUUUCCGAUUGUUAGAUAAUAUUCGCAGUGAACCCAGAGAUCAGAUAGAACCCCGCGCAAAAUGGCACCUUCCCUCGAGGAGCCAACAACGGCGCAUUUCGACGCGCCCUCCAAGAUGGCACCGAAUCUCGUCGCGCCCGAGCCAGAGCACUGCCCUGGUCCCGAAUCCGAACAAGCCGGUCAAGGCGACGCUUGUGCCGGUUGCCCGAAUCAGCAAAUCUGCGCCUCCGCUCCCAAAGGCCCCGACCCCGACAUUCCCAUCAUCACCGAAAGACUAUCACAAAUCCGACACAAGAUCCUCGUGCUGUCCGGCAAAGGAGGCGUAGGAAAAUCAACGUUUACCUCGCUGCUCGCCCACGCGUUUGCUGCGAACCCCGAUUCCACAGUCGGCGUCAUGGAUACAGACAUUUGCGGGCCGUCGAUUCCGAAAAUGAUGGGAGUCGAGGCGGAGACUAUCCAUGUCAGCAACGCAGGCUGGAGUCCCGUCUGGGUUACAGAUAAUUUGGCUGCGAUGAGUGUACAGUUUAUGCUGCCCAACCGGGAUGAUGCGGUGAUCUGGCGAGGCCCCAAGAAGAACGGUCUCAUCAAGCAGUUCUUGAAGGAUGUGGACUGGGGAGAGAUGGACUACUUGGUUAUCGAUACACCUCCCGGAACUUCAGAUGAGCACUUGUCUGUCAACUCGCUGCUGAAAGACUCCGGUGUUGAUGGUGCGGUGGUCGUCACGACUCCGCAGGAGGUCUCUUUGCUGGACGUGCGCAAAGAAAUUGAUUUCUGUCGGAAGGCCGGUAUUCGUAUUCUGGGCUUGGUCGAGAACAUGUCGGGCUUCGUUUGCAAAAAUUGCAACACUGAGUCGCAAAUUUUCCGAGCUACCACUGGGGGCGGGAAGCGCCUCGCCAAGAAGAUGGGUAUUCCGUUCUUGGGCGCGGUACCUCUUGAUCCGAGAGUUGGAAUGGCGUGCGACUACGGCGAGAGCUUUGUGGAAAACUUCCCGGACAGCCCAGCUUCGAAGGCGAUCAAGCAGGUUGUGCGCUCGGUCGCGCAGUUCAUCGGCGAGGAACCGGACAACGUUCUGCCGGAGGACAUGGUCGAAUAAAAAGCAUUAUUUUCUUUCCUUUCAUGCCUGUCAGCGCGGUGCAUUGGGACAGCAAGCCAGGGGAUUCACGAUUUGCCAAUAUUGUUAGGCGUUUGGGCC